AUGUAUUAUCUAUUACUCCAUCUACUUUGCGUCGGCUUUCUGUACUUAUUAAUUCGAAUAUUUGCCGGACGGUUAACUGUUAUUCCAAAUAGUCGGCACAUUUUCGUUCAACCUCCCUUACCUCUCAAGUAUCAUCUACUAAAUCGUGCCGGUAUAAUCAUAAAAUUUUUAUUUAAUAUCAAUCUAUUUGGAACAUAUAAUUUUGAAUGGUUGAAACAGAAAGCUAUUAAAUCGAAUGAACAAGAUUUAGGAUAUGUACUCGAUGAUUUUGGUGAUCAAAUGGAAAUGAAUUUGUUUGAAGAAGCGUUUGAACAGGGAAGAAAAGGAUGGUUAGUGGAUCCGUUCAUUUCGACUGUAGGAUGGUUUUCAAGAAGAGUGUGGUUAGUUAAGGCGUUAAAAGAACGUUUAAGAAUCGUCGAUGACCUUAAACAUCAUCCUGAAAUUCGUGAAAUUGAAAUUCGUGCACCAUUGAUCAUUCUCGGCCUUCCUCGUACCGGUACCACAUUACUCUACAACCUGCUAGCACAAGACCCUUUUGCCUGUUAUCCACGUCUCUGGCAAUGCUUAAAUCCCUCCUUAUCCAGACAACAUAAAAAAUCUAGUGUCACUGACACUACUACUAACGACCCACGUCUUCCUGAGGAAAUUGACUUCCUCGCCACGACAAAAUUAACCAUACCUACAAUUGAUCAGACACACUAUCUCAACGUUGAACUACCUGAAGAAUGCUCAUUUCUUUUUAAAAAUAUGUUAAUAGAUGUGAAUGCUGGUGUUACAAGUGGCCUAUUUGGAAGUUCAGCUUCGUUUAUUAAGUUUAUUUCUGAUCAGAGUAGUAGAAUGGAUUCGUAUUACAGAUAUCACAGAUUACUCAUUCAAUUUCUCGUCUACAAAUCACAGCGGAAGAUCAGUCAUGUUUUGUUGAAAUCAGCAGCACAUUCUUUGUGUAUUCAAUCACUAUUGAAAACUUAUCCUGAUGCACGUCUUAUUCAAACACAUCGUGAUCCAUUGAAAGUUAUUCCUUCAUUUUCUAGUCUUUACUUACAAGUACGCAGUGUGUUAGCUAACUGCGUCUCACUUGAAGAUCUUGGACAGAAAUCAUUGAAAACCUGUGCGAAUCUAAUUGAUUCAAUUAUGGAACAACGAGAAACUACCAAAUCACCUCAACAGUUCUUUGAUUUACACUAUCACCAACUGAUUCAAGAUCCAAUUAAUUGUAUACGACAAAUCUAUAGCUAUUAUCAACUAACCUACACUAACGAAUUUGAAGCUAAAAUGUUAGACUAUCUCAAACACAAUGUUCAAGGAAAACAUGGACGACAUGACUAUUCAUUAGAUAAAUUUAAUCUAUGUAAAACUGAAAUAAGACAAAGAUUUAGAGUUUAUCAAGAAAAAUUUAAUAUUUUAAGAGAAAGUUAG